GUGAAGGAGAGUCACCCAAGUAGAAAUAUUUUGAUAACCCUGCUUUUCAUUUGAUUGCUUGGUGAUUCUCAGUCAGAAGAGUCCGUAAUAAUAAUGCAAUAAGUGUAGGAGUGGACCAAGACCAAACGAACCAUCAAACUGAAUCCAACAUAAUAAUAAUAACAGCGUCAUUUUCUCUCCCUCCUUCUGUGCUUACUACUUACUCGUUACUUUCGCCUAUACGAGGCGAUCAAAGCAGGAGCAAUCACUCACCAGACCACUGCUUAUCUCUAUUUGCGCUGGCUGAAGUCGUCGGAUUCAAGCAAUAGGUGAAAGGGUGCCUAUUAGUGAACAUGAACUCGGCGUGUGGAACACUGAAAAUUUAUCUGUAUAAACCACAAGACGUUGUAAAGUAAAGUAACAAACAAGAGUUUUGCGUGUCUCCAAUGUACGUACUUCCAUUUGCGGCCGUUCCCAAUUCCAAUCCACCAAGUAACCAUUAGACGAAUAGUUUUAUUCUUUGUUGAGCAUCAACUCUUUGUUGUUGAUUUGAUAUUGUUGUGCUGAAUCCUCCUCCCUCCAUUUCUCCUCUUCCUGACCACAACUUUCCAGCUCGGAGGCCAGAGUCACAAUCGGAGUCAGCCAGUGUCAUGUGAUAAGAAGUGCCAUUCUGCAUUAUUAUCCACUUGACAAAAUCGACUUGAACAUCGGCGUCAUCAGAAGGACAAGGAAAGUUGGAAGGGUAAGGGUGUUGGUGGUGAUGUGGGCCAACAAGUGGAAGUGAGUGAUUGAGUGGAAUACGCGGCUUGGUCAAUCGUGGGUGAGAUGAGUAAAAGCAGCGGAGACAGCAGUGGUGGUGGUGAGGAGGACUUGAAAGUCUCCCAGGUUGACGAGGAAGAAGACGACGAGCUGCAAGAAAUUAGCAAUGAACAGCGUCUAAUUGAUGCGGAUGAUGAUGAACCACGGCGACGACGGCUGGAAAAUGUUAUCCGUCGAAUGAGCACACAACCAAGCAAUGGCGCUUAUCAGCAAAGUCACCCAGUUCGAAGGGGAAGGCGGAGAGCUGUCACCACUUCAGAUCACAAAUCCUGUGCGCUCGUUCAAACGCGACUCAAGUUGGGAGAUAUCAUGUUGGCGGCUGCAGAGGUUGCAGCAGCAGAGAGUCGUUCUGCACAAAAGAUCGGACGCUUCGGCGGCAGUGGAGAGUGGAACGCUGUUCGACCCUUUGGACUUGGACUCAUGGCGUCAAGAAACCGAGGGGCUGGGGCCAACACCGGGGGCGACACGCCCCCGGGACCUUCGUCACUAUUCUUUUUCACCGACGACACCAAAGUUCGUCGGUGCACACGGUUCAUAAUUGAGUGGCCUCCUUUCGAGUAUGCAGUUCUUUUAACAAUUAUUGCAAAUUGUAUCGUCCUGGCGUUAGAGGAGCAUUUACCGGAUGGGGAUAAGACUAUUUUAGCUCAAAAGCUGGAACAAACGGAACAUUAUUUUUUGGGAAUUUUCUGUGUCGAAGCCACGCUCAAGAUACUCGCAUUGGGAUUUGUCCUGCAUAGAGGUGCAUACCUCAGAAAUAUUUGGAAUCUUAUGGAUUUCAUAGUCGUCGUUACCGGGCUAAUGACGGUUUUAGCCGAAAACACCAAAUCCAAAGUGGAAGUUAUUGACUUCAGGAUGCUUCGGUCGUUUCGCGUUCUCCGGCCACUUAAGCUCGUGGGAAAUUUUAAAGGUUUGCAGGUCGUCCUAAAGUCCAUAAUCAAAGCGAUGGCUCCAUUGUUGCAAAUUGGACUAUUGGUUCUUUUCGCAAUUGUCAUAUUCGCGAUCAUAGGUUUAGAAUUUUACUGUGGAGCGUUACAUCGCACCUGUUACAGCCUUGAAGACUUAGAUGAAAUAGUGAAAGAGGGCGAUUUACCAACUCCUUGUAACUCGGACUCGCCAAAAAUAGUAGAGUCUGCCGAGCCAGCUCCGCCAGGAUCAUAUACAUGCAACGCUAACGUAUCAAUGUGCCAGGAUAAAUGGAUAGGUCCUAAUUUCGGAAUAACUUCUUUCGACAACAUAGGAUUCGCUAUGCUCACCGUUUUUCAGUGCAUCACUAUGGAGGGAUGGACUUCUAUCCUCUAUUGGACCAACGAUGCUCUUGGGAGUACAUUCAACUGGAUUUACUUUGUGCCUCUAAUUGUUCUGGGAUCUUUCUUCAUGCUCAACCUCGUUCUCGGUGUUCUGUCCGGUGAAUUUGCGAAGGAAAGAGAACGAGUGGAAAAUCGCCAAGCGUUCCUCAAACUUCGACGCCAACAACAACUAGAACGAGAGCUGAACGGGUAUGUCGAGUGGAUAUGCAAAGCGGAAGAGGUGAUUCUCGCAGAAGAACGAACUUCCGAGGAAGAAAAAAUGCGAAUUAUGGAAGCGCGCAGGCGCGCUGCUGCGAAGCGUAAGAAAUUGAAAGCGCUUGGAAAGAGCAGAAGUACGGAUACGGAAGAAGAAGAUGAGACCGAAGAUGUUGACGAUGUUCCGCUCAAGAAGAAAUCCAAAGCCUACCUCAAAUCCAAAGUUCGGAAUCAGGGAGCUUGUCGACGAUUUUGGAGGGCAGAAAAACGCUUUCGGUUUUGGAUCAGACACACGGUUAAGCAACAAUGGUUCUACUGGACUGUAAUUAUCCUUGUCUUCUUAAACACUGCCUGUGUAGCCGUAGAACAUUACAACCAGCCUCCAUGGCUUACAGACUUUAACUACUAUGCAGAGUAUGGGUUCCUAGGCCUUUUUAUCUUUGAAAUGUUAAUUAAAAUUUACGCCCUUGGUGCUCGAAUCUACUUUGAAUCAUCUUUCAACCGUUUCGAUACGGUCGUGAUAUCUGGAUCUGUCUUUGAAGUUGUUUGGUCUUACUUCAAUCCACAUUCAUCCUUCGGUCUCUCUGUGCUCCGUGCAUUACGACUUCUUAGAAUAUUCAAAGUUACAAAGUACUGGUCGUCCUUAAGGAAUCUCGUAAUUUCUCUACUCAGCUCGAUGCGGUCCAUCAUUUCUUUAUUGUUUCUACUCUUCCUCUUCAUCCUGAUUUUCGCUCUUUUGGGAAUGCAACUGUUCGGAGGCGCUUUUAACAACCCGGAGGGGACUCCUCCCACAAAUUUCGACUCGUUUCCGAUUGCUCUUCUCACCGUCUUCCAGAUUUUGACGGGCGAGGACUGGAAUGAAGUCAUGUAUCAAGGAAUCCAAUCUCAAGGUGGAUAUCGUAGUGGAAUGAUGUAUAGUCUUUACUUCAUCAUUCUCAUGUUAUUUGGAAAUUACACACUAUUAAACGUCUUCUUGGCUAUCGCUGUUGAUAACUUGGCCAAUGCACAAGAACUCACUGCUGCAGAGGAAGAACAGCAUGAGCAGGAGGAGAAACAAGCUGGAGUUCUAAAAGAAGAUGCUGGUGGCGAUGCAGGAGACGACGAGGAACCAACAGGACCAAAGCCUAUGCUUCCAUACUCCUCCAUGUUUAUACUUUCUCCCACAAAUCCGAUACGACGCGCAGCCCAUUGGGUGGUCAACCUACGCCAUUUUGAUUUAUUUAUCAUGCUUGUCAUAAGUCUCAGUAGUAUAGCACUGGCAGCAGAAGACCCAGUCGUGGAAGAUUCCGACAGGAACAAAUUCUUAAACUACUUGGACUACGCGUUCACAGGUGUAUUUACGGUUGAAAUGAUCUUAAAGGUAGUGGACCUUGGCGUCUUACUCCAUCCCGGCUCGUACUGUCGAGAUAUGUGGAAUAUUUUAGAUAGCCUGGUGGUGAUUUGCGCACUCAUUGCCUUCUUUUUCAGUAAUCAAAGCGGAGGGAGCGAUGAGGGAGGUGGUGGUGGUGGAGUAAGCGAUAUCAGCUCCAAGCUAAACACCAUCAAGUCCCUACGAGUCCUUCGUGUAUUACGACCUCUGAAGACAAUUAAGCGUGUUCCAAAGCUCAAAGCUGUGUUCGACUGCGUUGUUAAUUCGCUCAAGAACGUGUUUAACAUUCUCAUUGUGUAUCUCCUGUUCCAAUUCAUUUUUGCGGUCGUUGCUGUUCAACUGUUUAACGGGCGUUUCCAAUAUUGUACCGAUGAAAGUCGAUUAACGGAAGCGGAUUGUCACGGAGAAUUUUUCAAGAUUCGUGGGAACGGUCCGCCAAGUCUGGCCCCAAGGAUGUGGAACAUACAAGACUUUCACUAUGAUAAUGUAAUAGUAGCGAUGCUAACCUUGUUUGCAGUACAAACUGGGGAAGGGUGGCCAACAAUUUUACAAAAUUCGAUGGCAGCAACAUGGGAAAACCAAGGUCCUCAGCCUAACUUCCGAAUAGAAAUGUCCCUUUUCUACAUUGUAUACUUCAUUGUGUUUCCAUUCUUCUUUGUGAACAUUUUCGUUGCCUUGAUCAUCAUUACUUUCCAAGAACAAGGAGAAGCAGAGCUCCAAGACGGUGACAUUGACAAAAAUCAGAAAUCCUGCAUAGACUUUGCAAUUUCGGCACGUCCUCUAGAAAGAUACAUGCCGAAGAAUAGAGACUCCAUCAAAUACAAAAUAUGGAGGAUGGUCGCAUCUACACCGUUCGAGUAUUUUAUAAUGAUGCUCAUCGUACUCAACACUCUACUUCUUAUGAUGAAGUAUCAUCGCGCUCCCAUAGAAUUCGAAGACUCGCUGUCUCUGAUCAAUUAUACACUUACGUUUCUCUUUUUGGCUGAAUGUAUCCUCAAAAUCAUAUCUUUUGGACUCAAGAAUUUUUUCAAAGACCCGUGGAAUAUUUUCGACUUUAUAACUGUGAUCGGAUCCAUCAUCGAUGCCGUAGCUGUUGAAUUUUCGGUUGACUUUAUCAACUUGGCCUUUCUGAGACUUUUCCGUGCUGCACGGUUGAUCAAGCUGCUCCGACAAGGAUACACGAUUCGCAUUUUGCUCUGGACAUUUGUGCAGUCGUUCAAAGCAUUGCCCUACGUUUGUCUGUUGAUCGCGAUGCUCUUUUUUAUCUAUGCAAUUAUCGGAAUGCAGGUGUUUGGGAAUAUACAAUUGAAUCCAGAGUCUUCAAUAACUCGACACAACAAUUUUCGCAAUUUCCUUCAAGGAUUGAUGCUAUUAUUCCGGUGCGCAACUGGGGAAUCGUGGCCUUCAAUAAUGCUGUCCUGCGUUAAAGGACAACCCUGUGAUGAAUUGUCAAAUAAACAAGGACAAGAAUGUGGAUCCAAUAUAGCAUACGUCUAUUUCGUAUCCUUCAUCUUCUUCUGUUCAUUUUUGAUGCUUAAUCUCUUUGUUGCCGUCAUUAUGGACAACUUUGACUACCUGACGAGAGAUUCAUCAAUUCUUGGGGCCCAUCACUUGGACGAAUUUAUUCGUAUUUGGGCAGAAUAUGAUCCUAGUGCGACGGGCCGAAUCCAUUUCACCGAGAUGUACGAUAUGCUUCGAAAUAUGGACCCACCUUUAGGAUUUGGAAACAAGUGCCCAUAUCGUCUAGCGUAUAAAAAACUAAUUCGAAUGAAUAUGCCACUGGACGAGCAAGGUCAAGUAAAUUUCACCACAACCCUGUUUGCACUUAUCCGUGAAAAUCUCAACAUUAAAAUGCGACCUGCUGAGGAGAUGGAUGGGGCGGAUAGAGAGCUUCGAAUUACUAUUCAGCGAAUUUGGCCCAUUCAAAGCAAGAAAAAUUUGGAUUUUUUGAUACCACUCCCACCUGACAAUGUUCAGCCAGCAACUAGAAUGACAGUUGGAAAAAUAUAUGCAGGGCUGCUAAUCUCAGAAAAUUGGAAGUCGACAAAGUUUGGAAAAAUUAAGUCGACAGGGUUGCCGAACUCGUCCGCGGCUGGUUUGCUACGAUGUUUAAUGGGAAUGGCUAAGGGACAUGCUAAUGAAGAGGAGGAGGAGGUCACAGAGGAAGGCAUGAAGGACUUUUUGGAUAAAGAGGGCAGCAAUCGCGGUGGUCGAAAACGGAGCAUGAAGAAGAAACGGUCCAGUUUGCGGGGCAGGCGAUCAAGUUGGCAGCAAAAAAAUGGGGUUAUUGAACUACACGAUAUGAUAACUGACGGCAAGGAAGGCUCGCCUAGUCCGUCUGGUGGUUUAUUGGAACGCAAAAACUCUAACCGAUCAAAUCGUUUUGAAUUUGACCGUGAGUCGAUGCACGAUUUUCGAGAAGAAGACGAGGCCAUGCUCAGCAGAGACAAGGUGCAUCUACAUCCUCACAAUCGUGGAUACAGUCAUCGCAUGAGCAUGAGAUCUCCAUCUCCUACGAGAAGGGGGUUACUUCCGCAUGAUGUAGGUUUCAGUGACGCUGUAGAGGAUAUGGUCGAGCUUGUUAGAGAGGAAACCUCAAGACGUGGAAGGGCUCGUCGAAAAAUUCGGGGUGGUGGUGGUGAUGAUUUUUCCUUGUCUCCAGUAUUCCGACCAGGAUACCAUGAUAGUGUACUUAGUCCAUCCAGCCCUGACAGGGGCAAUAACGGUUUUCUUCCACCAAGAGUGCUGCGACGAGUCAAUAACAGUUUGGAGAGAUCCCCUACACCUCCAUAUCACACAAGACCAUAUCAACCAAACGGAAGUUACCCAGUUUUGCCUGGAAGACGAGCAGGUGGCCGACGACUACCAAAUACUCCCCCACAUCCUUCGGCACUCCGGCUGCCUCCACAAGUUCGGAAUCUAUAUCAGCAAGCGUCAGGCUCAGCUGAAGCCAUCAAUUUCCCCCGACUGAAUUCUUCCCCUACUCGUAUGAUGCGAACCUUCACUCCGGAACCAAUUCGAGGACUUCGUGGGCGCCGAGAACUGCCCAGAGAGCCCUGGAGACAGCAGCCGUCGCUACCUGAGCCGCCCCGCAUGAGACGGGACGAUCCUCAUGAUCCUCUCAGUUUCGAACAAGCAGUUGCUUGUUCUUUAGGUCGUGGAAAUAGAAUGCUGCCCCAAUCACCUCCUAGAUUGCAACGCCAAGUGCCAAACGGGUUCCACAGCCAGCGACAGCAACCACCACUACCAUUGCCACUGCCAUUACCACCCCCACAGCUUGGUGGCUACUUAGACAUGGGACCAGGACGUAGUGCAGACCUUCCGAGACUCCAACAAUUGUCAGACGACGAAAAUGAUUGGUGCUGACAAAAGUUUAAUUUAAUGCUCCAAUUCUUCCUAGAGUCGUCUCCAAGCUCUUACUUUCACUUAUCACGACUUUUCCCCACCAACCAACGCUGCUACAUUGCUACUACGUGCAUCAUAUAACAAUACUAAUGACUGCCUCCUCCUCCUCCUUCGUCUCUAAUAUUAUAAUCUUUAUCUCUUUAGCAAAUCCUCCCCCCUCCGAUACUUAAACACGCGAUACCCGAUAUUCUGACUCAGGGGCUCAUCAGUUAUUCGUUGCCUUUAAACUCCAGAGCUGUGUAUCUAUCUUUAUAUAAGUCUAGGAAAAGUGCAGCGACGGUUGCGGUGCCAAUCCAAUUCUCACCCAUCCAAAUGAAACAAUCCUAAAACAUAAUCUUAUCGCUACUUUUAUUUACUUUGAUUCUAAAAAAAACUACUUAUACCCAGCUUCCUUUUAAUCCAACGACGAUGGAGCGACUCUGUGAAAUAUGGGCACUAUACUAAUAUAAUUACGUAUGAUAUGUAUAUCUAUAUAUAUAUAUCAUAGACCAUUUUGUGUUCCAAUUGUAUGAAACUGGUGUGUGUAUGAAAUUUUCCAAAAUGAGUACGAGAGAACAAUGAAGUAACUAAUAUCAAUAACAUAUACAUAUGUCCGUGAGUCCAAAUAUAAGUUUGCUGUUGAGGCGUGCGAAUCAGUACAUUUCAUGACUAUAAUGAACUCUAUAUAAUCAUCAUAAUCACAUUACAUUUAUGUGUGUAGAUAGAACUGAGGUACCACAAAAAACAGACAGUCUACUCAUUUUUAUAUACUUUUUAUGCAAACGACUUCAUUUUAACGCUUUCCGAAUGACCUCCGAAACAUGCAAACUAAUCAAACAAAACUAUUAUUAAGAUCAAAAACAUAUUAGGUGUAUACUGAAAUUGUUUACAAAUUUUUUUAUCAAAACUAUCCAGUAGUAUUAUUAAAUUUAGUUUCACAUAAUAUGACAAAGACAUAAUACUUGAAUCCUCAAAUAAAAUGUAUCUAAAAUUAUAUAAGUACAUUAAUUCAAGACAAACUAUGCCAAAGCCAAUCACUGUUCCAAUAUUUCUACACUUACUCUUUUCAGAAUUGUUUUAAAUAAAAAUCAAAAGUCAAACA